AUGGCUUCAGAUGAUGGAGUUGGUCCUCGAAAGAGGCGGAGGAUAGGUCCUCCCGGAUCAGAACCUUAUGUCUUACGUUCACUGUUCGAUAACGUUCCGCUGGCGACGGACGAUAACUCGGACGUUUACAUCACCUGUGUCGACUAUUGGGAUGGAAACCUGUACAUUGGCACAUCUGCAGCGGAAGUCCUGCACUUUGUCUGCCUACCAGCGGCAUCCGAUGACGACUCGACCGAACCUACCUUUAUCCUAGCAUCGCGACUACCUAUUCCAUUCCAGAACGAACCCUCCGACAGUGAUCCCCCAGGUGUUCGCCAAAUUGUUAUAUUGCCGUCGGUGAAUAAAGCUUGCAUUCUUUGCAAUGGCAUGGUUACGUUCUACAUGCUACCGGAGCUCAGCCCGGCGUUUGGGAAUACCAAGGUCAAUCAUUGCCGCUGGAUCGGUGGCUUGGAUCUCAACCAGGACCCUGCUUCUGAAGAAGAUCCGGUCGUGAUGAUCGCCGUUCAGAACAGUGUCAUGUUGAUUCGCAUUGGAGAGGGAGCUCGGCGCAUCAAGCAGAUCAAGUUCCCCGGUUGCUUAGUGGCAGCGCGCAGAGGCACCAUUGCUUGCGCAGCUGACACCCAUGCGUACUCGCUGUUGGAGGUGGAGCACCAACAGAAGAUUCCACUGUUCCCCAUAUCUUCCUCAAACGAGGUCUUCGAAUCUGGCCAUGUGGAAGAUAUUCCGGCGGCACCCCAAACUCCGCUGAAGCGAUCGCCUUCCUCAUCGUAUCCAAGUUCGCCUCCAAUGGACCCUCAUGUGCAUGGUAGAAGCAGCAGUUUGAAUACAUUCGUUGGCAUGCUGCAGCCUCAUGCACAAACUUUGGGACACAGUCGAUCGCCUUCGGGGACACCAGACCCAUUCACGUCCACUGGGAGCAUCCGUCGUUCUAGCUCAGAAGAGCGAGACGAUGGGGAGGAGGGUUCCAAAAAGAAGGCCUCGGAGAGCCCCGAGCGGGAUGCGCAGGCGGCGGAGUCGGACAGUCUGAAGCCACUACCUCCACUUCCCCCUCCAAAGCCAGUCCAGAAACAACUACAGCCCCACGUUGUAUCCCCGACUCCAUCUGAAUUUCUUCUUGUAACUGGUACAGAGGAAACGGAACCGGGUGUUGGUAUGUUUGUGGAUUUGGACGGCGAAGUUGUUCGAGGCACGAUCAACUUCCACCGGUAUCCCAAGUCGGUUGUGAUAGAUGCUGGCGAAGACGACCAAUCUCUACAGCCGAACGACGAUUCCAAGGAGGAAUAUGUUCUCGCCUUGAUCGACGUCGGAGAAGAUGGAGAGCAACGAGCCCGACUGGAAAUUCAACGGUGGGAUGACGAUCCUGCCGAAAUAGAACGACACAAGAAAUGGCUAGACAUCCCAUCUUCGCCCGGCGAAUCGCAGUCUACUCAUGUCGGAUUGAAGCACACACUCAGCCCCAGCCAUCUUGAGGACAAUGAUAUUGGAAGGCUUCUGCAAAUGGUCCGCCUCAAGACACCGUUGCUAUCUCCCCAUGUCGCCACCGUGGAUCCUCGAACUCAGGAGUCUAUUGAGCAACAAAAGACAGAAAAGGAGCUUUUCGAGUCUCAAGAACUGACUGACUUCGAAGGAUCCAAGAAGGGAGAUGCAGGAUCAUCAGAGCGUGACUGGGAGGGUCAACGCAACGCCGAAGAAGCGAAAUUCGUCCGCGGACUAGGAAAGCUGCAGAGCAGUCUCGUCCUGUGGUCAGGCUCACAGAUAUGGCGGUUGCUUAAGAAUCCUUUGGUCAUUCAGCUAGAGAAUACUCUGCAAAAGGCUCAGCAAGUUGAUGACAAAGGACACAUUACUCUGCAGAGGGAUGCUGUCAUGGAAUUGAUGGUGGCAAUCCAGGAUAUUGAGCCCAAAACUGAGGCCGAAUUCCUUGGUCUGGGAUACGUGAAACAAAAAGCCAGCUUGUUGCUCUAUGGAGAUCUUCUGUCCAUGCAGGCAGACCAUCGCGCGGACCCUACGAUUCGGAAUACCGAAAGGGCUCUCUUGUCGGGUAAUUUGGAUCCUCGACUAGCCUUGCUGUUUAUUCCUCUGCUUCGAUGCGAGGUGCUACAGGGACCACAGGGUAUCUGGAUACAGUCUGGUUUGGCAGACACCACGGCAAAAUACCUGAAACAAGUGGAGCAGACCAGCGAUGCAACCGAGGUGCAUAGCUCUGUGCUGAACAUGGUGAAGCGGUUCCUUCUCUCAUGGCAACAAAAAAGAGGGUACGGUAGUAUCACCGAUGAAACAUACGUUUUAGAUAGCACUGAUGCUGCACUGCUUCACCUCCUUCUGGAGCAAGAUGCACAUUUGAGUGCACAACAGCGCGCUUCAUCCACACGCAGCGAGUUGAACAGGUUAGUCGAUAAUUGGAAAGGCAAUUUUGACCGAGCUGUUGCCCUUCUGGAACAGUACAAGCGGCUUUACAUCUUGAGUCGGUUAUACCAGAGCCAGAAGAUGUCACGAAACGUGCUCAAGACCUGGCGACGGAUUAUUGACGGAGAAUCUGACGCCGGUGGGGAGGUAACUAGUGCCGGCGUUGAGGCGCAGAUGCGCAAGUAUUUGGUAAAGAUCAAAGAUGCCCAAUUGGUGGAAGAGUAUGGCUCCUGGCUUGCUGGGCGGAAUCCUGCACUUGGUAUCCAAGUUUUUGCGGACCACAACAGCCGGGUGAGGCUUGAGCCAGCCGACGUGGUAGACUUGCUCAAGGAGCGUGCUCCCAACGCCGUCCAGGUCUAUCUGGAGCACCUGGUCUUUGCCAAAAACUACACUCAAUAUGCUGACGACCUCAUUGCAUACUACCUUGACGAGGUCCUUUCCGUCCUAGAGUCUUCGCUCGCUGCGCGAGCUUCUCUCGCCGAGUCUUACUCGACCUAUCGUGCGCUCCGCCCUCCUAAACCAACCUAUCUCAACUUCAUCACCGAGAACACGCCCGCCGAGCCCUGGUGGCAGUCCCGUUUGCGGCUUCUGCAGCUCCUUAGUGGCACCUCGGGCACUCAAUUCUCCUCCACGGCGCUGCCCUCCGGCAUCACCUACUCCAUCCCAAACGUGCUCGCCCGCAUCGAGCCAUAUCAAGAUGACCUCGUUUCUGAGAGCAUCAUCCUCGACGGCCUACAGGGCCACCACCGCGCGGCUCUCCGCCUCCUCACCCACGGACUAGGUGACUACGACUCCGCCAUCCGCUACUGCCUCUUUGGCGGACCACGCAGCGCCACCUCCUCCGGCGGUACACAGCCUGAGCUAGCCGCGCAUGGCCUACAGGUCACGCUGUUCCGGCACCUACUGGACGAGUUCCUGCAGAUCCAAGAUCUAACGGAGCGCAUCGAACGCACAAGCGACCUGCUUGGCCGAUUCGGGGCGUGGUUCGACGUCCGAGAGGUACUCGAGCUCGUACCCGAGGACUGGAGUGUGGAUAUCUUGGGCGGAUUUUUAGUGCAGGUGUUCCGAACGUUGGUCUCGCAGUCACGAGAGGCGCGUAUUGAGCGGGCGCUGAGUGCCGGCUUGAACCUGCGGGUUGGUGUGCAGUAUACGGAUAGUAUGGAGAAGGCGGGUCCUUGGGUGGAGGAUGGCGAUGGUUUGCGACGGUUGGAGGGGAGUAAUAAGACUGAGGUGGGUGUGCCUGGUGAUGAUGUGAUUACCGCUGGGGAGGAUAGUGACUUUGGUGAUGUGGUGGGUCCUACUGCAUAG